GUGUGCACUUGUUUCUCUGGUUCACUGGGAAAAGACUCGCUGACGACCUCCAGCCUCAACCAUGGGUGACGCUCUGAUGGCCGAGUUUGGGAAGGCGGCUCCUUACCUGAGGAAGUCAGACAAGGAGCGCCUGGAAGCUCAAACCAGAGCGUUUGACAUCAAGACGGAGUGUUUUGUAGUUGAUGAAAAGGUGGAAUAUGUGAAGGGACAAAUCCAGAGCAAAGAUGGAGGGAUGGUGACUGUCAAGAAGGAGGAUGGAACAACUGUAACUGUGAAAGAGUCCAGUGUUCACCCUCAGAACCCACCAAAAUUUGAUAAAAUUGAAGACAUGGCCAUGUUUACUUUUCUCCAUGAGCCUGCAGUGCUGUUCAACCUCAAAGAGCGUUACGCAGCCUGGAUGAUCUACACCUACUCUGGACUCUUCUGUGUCACCGUCAACCCCUACAAGUGGCUUCCCGUCUAUGACACUGAUGUGGUGGCGGCCUACAGGGGGAAGAAGAGAAGCGAGGCCCCACCUCACAUCUUCUCUAUCUCUGAUAAUGCUUACCAGUACAUGCUGACUGACCGAGAGAACCAGUCUGUCCUCAUCACCGGAGAAUCCGGAGCCGGAAAGACGGUCAACACUAAAAGAGUCAUCCAGUACUUUGCCAGCAUCGCUGCUGUCGGCGGUGCAGACAAAAGAGACACCAGCAAGGGGACACUGGAGGAUCAAAUCAUCCAGGCCAACCCAGCACUGGAGGCCUUCGGCAACGCCAAAACCUUGAGAAAUGACAACUCGUCUCGUUUUGGAAAAUUCAUUCGCAUCCACUUUGGUAUGAGCGGAAAAUUGUCCUCAGCUGACAUCGAGACAUACCUGCUGGAAAAGUCACGUUGUACCUUUCAGCUCAAGGCUGAAAGGAACUACCAUAUCUUCUAUCAGAUCCUGUCCAAUCAGAAGCCAGAGCUGCUUGACAUGCUGCUGAUCACCAACAACCCAUAUGAUUACUCCUACAUCUCCCAAGGAGAAGUGACAGUCGCCUCCAUCAACGACUCAGAGGAGCUUCUGGCCACGGACAGCGCCUUUGAUGUGCUCGGCUUCACUCCAGAGGAGAAGAUGGCCGUUUAUAAACUCACCGGCGCCAUCAUGCACUACGGCAACAUGAAGUUCAAACAGAAACAGCGUGAGGAGCAGGCUGAAUCUGACGGGACAGAGGCUGCUGAUAAAUCUGCUUAUUUGAUGGGGCUGAACUCUGCUGACCUCAUCAAAGGCCUGUGCCACCCACGAGUCAAGGUAGGAAAUGAAUACGUCACCAAAGGACAAAGUGUGGACCAAGUCUACUAUGCCAUUGGUGCCUUGGCUAAGUCUGUGUAUGAAAAGAUGUUUAAUUGGAUGGUUGUGAGAAUCAACCAAUCCCUGGACACCAAACAGCACCGGCAAUAUUUCAUAGGAGUGUUGGACAUCGCAGGAUUUGAGAUCUUUGAUUUCAACACCUUUGAGCAGCUGUGCAUCAACUUUACCAACGAGAAACUGCAACAGUUUUUCAAUCAUCACAUGUUUGUUCUGGAGCAAGAGGAGUACAAGAAGGAAGGGAUUGAGUGGGAGUUCAUCGACUUUGGGAUGGACUUACAAGCUUGUAUCGACCUCAUCGAGAAGCCGCUGGGGAUCAUGUCUAUUCUGGAAGAAGAGUGCAUGUUCCCCAAAGCCAGUGACCAGACUUUCAAGGCAAAGCUCUAUGAUAAUCAUCUGGGUAAGAACAAAAUGUUUGAAAAACCCAGAGCAGCAAAGGGGAAAGCAGAGGCUAAUUUUGCUCUGGUUCAUUACGCUGGUACAGUAGACUACAACAUCACUGGGUGGCUGGUCAAAAACAAAGAUCCUCUGAAUGAAACUGUGGUUGGUCUUUACCAGAAAUCCUCUCUGAAGGUUCUCAGUCUGCUUUUUUCAAGUUAUUCAGGAGCUGAUGGUGGUGACAAGGGAGGUGGAAAAGGGGCCAAGAAGAAAGGCUCCUCAUUCCAGACCGUGUCAGCACUUCACAGGGAAAACCUGAACAAGCUGAUGACCAACCUCAAGACUACACAUCCACACUUUGUUCGUUGUCUGAUUCCAAAUGAAGUUAAAACUCCAGGAGUCAUGGACAACUGCCUUGUGAUGCACCAGCUGCGCUGCAAUGGUGUCCUAGAAGGCAUUCGAAUUUGCAGGAAGGGUUUCCCAAACCGGGUGCUCUAUGGUGACUUUAAACAGCGCUACCGGAUCCUGAAUGCCUCGGCCAUCCCAGAGGGUCAGUUCAUUGACUGUAAGAAAAGUGCUGAAAAGUUGUUGGGGUCACUGGACAUCGACCACACUCAGUACAAGUUUGGCCACACAAAGGUUUUCUUUAAAGCCGGCCUUCUGGGAACACUGGAGGAGAUGCGAGAUGAACAACUCUCUCGGAUCAUCACCAGAAUCCAGGCCAAUGCUCGGGCACUCCUCAUGAGGGCACAGUUUGCUAAGCUAGUGGAACGUAGAGAUGCUUUGAUGACCAUCCAGUGGAACCUUCGUUCUUUCCUUGGAGUAAAAAAUUGGCCCUGGAUGAAGCUCUUCUUCAAGAUUAAACCACUGCUGAAGAGUGCUGAGGCUGAGAAAGAGAUGGCCAACAUGAAAGAUGAGUUCCACAAAGUAAAAGAAGCUCUAGAGAAAUCCGAAGCAAGACGAAAGGAACUAGAGGAGAAAAUAGUGACUCUUCUCCAAGAGAAGAACGACCUGACUCUGCAAAUCCAGUCUGAGCAGGAUACUCUAACAGAUGCUGAAGAACGCUGUGAACAGCUCAUAAAGAGCAAGAUCCAACUGGAGGCCAAACUAAAGGAGAUGACAGAGAGACUUGAAGAUGAAGAAGAGCUGAACGCUGACCUAACCGCAAAGAAGCGCAAGCUUGAAGAUGAAUGUUCUGAGUUGAAGAAAGAUAUAGAUGAUCUGGAGCUCACUUUAGCCAAGGUUGAGAAAGAGAAACAUGCUACAGAAAAUAAGGUGAAAAACCUGACAGAGGAGAUGGCUUCCCAGGACGAAAACAUCAUGAAGCUGACCAAAGAGAAGAAGGCACUACAGGAGGCCCACCAGCAGACACUGGAUGACCUUCAAAGUGAAGAGGACAAAGCCAACAGUUUAAACAAAGCUAAAGUGAAGCUGGAGCAGCAGGUGGAUGAUCUGGAGGGUUCGUUAGAGCAAGAGAAGAAAGUCAGAAUGGACCUUGAGCGCUCAAAGAGAAAGCUAGAGGGGGACCUGAAACUGACCCAGGAGAGUUUGAUGGACUUGGAGAAUGACAAACAGCAGCUGGAGGAAAAGCUCAAGAAAAAGGACUUUGAAGUUGUCCAAAUAAGUUCAAGGCUGGAUGAUGAGCAGGUAGGUUCAAUUCAGCUCCAAAAGAAGCUGAAAGAAAACCAAGCACGCAUUGAGGAGCUGGAAGAGGAGCUAGAUGCUGAGCGUGCAGCCCGAGCCAAAGUGGAGAAGCAGCGCUCUGAUCUUUCCCGCGAGCUGGAGGACAUCAGUGAACGUCUGGAAGAAGCAGGUGGAGCAACAUCAGUUCAGGUUGAACUGAACAAGAAAAGAGAUGCUGAAUUUCAGAAGCUGCGAAGGGAACUGGAAGAAUCUACACUUCACCACGAGUCCACCGCUGCCACCUUGAGAAAGAAGCAUGCUGACAGUGUUGCUGAACUGGGUGAACAGAUUGACAACCUCCAGCGGGUGAAGCAGAAGCUAGAGAAAGAAAAGAGUGAGCUGAAGCUGGAGCUGGAUGACAUGUCCUCCAGCACGGAGAGCGUGGUGAAGACCAAGUCAAACAUUGAGAAGAUGUGCCGCACAAUGGAAGACAACAUGAACGAGUACAAGAGUAAAUAUGAGGAGGCACAAAAAGCCAUCAAUGACUUGAGCACCCAGAGGGCCAAGCUGCUCACUGAAAAUGGCGAGUUUGGACGUCAGCUGGAGGAGAAGGAGUGUCUAAUAUCACAGCUGACCAGAGGGAAGAACUCGUACAACCAGCAAGUAGAAGAUUUACGCAGACAACUAGAAGAGGAGGUGAAGGCAAAGAAUGCUCUCGCCCAUGCUGUGCAGUCUGUGCGCCAUGACUGUGAUCUGCUGCGAGAACAGUUUGAAGAAGAGCAGGAAGCCAAGGCGGAGAUGCAGAGAGCUGUGUCCAAAUCUAACACUGAGGUAUCAGCAUGGAGGACAAAGUAUGAAACUGAUGGGAUCCAAAGGACAGAGGAGCUGGAGGAAGCAAAGAAGAAGCUGGUUCAGAGACUGCAAGAAGCAGAGGAGUCCAUUGAGGCUGUUAAUGCUAAGUGUUCAUCUCUUGAGAAGACCAAGCACCGCCUCCAAAAUGAGAUUGAAGACCUGAUGCUGGACCUUGAGAGAUCUAAUGCAGCAUCUGCAGCACUAGACAAGAAGCAGAGAGCCUUUGACAAAGUCUUGGCAGAGUGGAAGCAGAAGUUUGAAGAAUCCCAGUGUGAGCUGGAGGCCUCCCAAAAGGAAGCUCGCUCUCUGAGUACUGAGCUCUUCAAACUGAGAAAUGCCUACGAAGAGAGUCUGGAUCAACUAGAGACGAUGAAGAGAGAAAAUAAAAACCUCCAGGAGGAGAUCUCUGACCUCACUGACCAGCUGGGGGAGGGUGGUAGGAGUGCACAUGAACUGGAAAAGAUCCGGAAGCAGCUCGAACAAGAAAAGGCCGAGCUCCAAACAGCUCUGGAGGAGGCAGAAGCUACUUUGGAGCAUGAAGAGAGCAAGAUCCUGAGAGCUCAACUUGAGUUCAACCAAGUGAAGGCCGAAAUGGAGCGGAAAGUGGCAGAGAAAGAUGAGGAGAUGGAACAGGCCAAGAGAAACUACCACCGCAUGCUUGAGUCGCUUCAAUCCUCUGUGGAUUCUGAAACCCGGAGCCGCAAUGAGGCCCUGAGAGUCAAGAAGAAGAUGGAAGGUGAUCUCAAUGAAAUGGAAAUUCAGCUUUGCCAAGCUAACAGGCAGGCAGCUGAUGCACAAAAACAGCUGAAGGGCCUACAGGCAUUCCUGAAGGAUACUCAGUUGCAGCUGGAUGAUGCACAGCACAGCAACGAUGACCUGAGAGAGAACACUGCUCUUCUGGAGCGACGGAACAAUCUGAUCCAGGCUGAGCUGGAGGAGGUGAGGGCUGCGCUCGAGCAAACAGAAAGAAGUCGCAAACUUGCUGAACAAGAGCUGACUGAUGCCACAGAACGAAUGCAACUCCUGCAUUCCCAAAACACGAGCCUGAUCAACCAGAAGAAGAAGCAUGAAGCAGACCUUCUCCACCUUCAGAAUGAGAUGGAGGAGGCCAUACAGGAAAACCGUAACGCUGAGGAGAAGGCAAAGAAGGCCAUCACAGAUGCAGCCAUGAUGGCCGAGGAGCUGAAAAAGGAGCAGGACACGAGUGCACAUCUGGAGCGCAUGAAGAAGAACAUGGAGCAGACUAUAAAAGACCUGCAGCACCGUCUGGAUGAGGCUGAGCAGAUCGCAAUGAAGGGCGGCAAAAAACAGCUCCAGAAACUGGAAGCUCGCAUCAAAGAAGUGGAGAACGAGCUGGAGGCGGAGCAGAAGCGGGGAAUAGAGUCCAUCAAAGGGAUCCGCAAGUAUGAACGCCGGCUCAAAGAGCUCACCUAUCAGACCGAGGAAGACCGCAAGAACAUGUCUCGUCUCCAGGACCUGGUGGACAAACUGCAGCUCAAGGUCAAGUCCUACAAACAUGCAGCGGAGGAGGCAGAGGAGGCGGCAAACACCAACAUGGCUAAACUCCGCAAACUGCAGCACGAGCUGGAAGAGGCAGAGGAGAGAGCCGACAUCGCCGAGUCCCAGGUGAACAAACUGAGAGCCAGGACCAGGGACGGAACCUCCAAGAAGGGUCUAGAUGAGUGAGGGAAUCCCAGAGUCCACAUCACAGGUGUUCCUGUUACCAGGCGACACUGGGUGGUGAACCGUCGAGACAAGAAUUCAUCUCCUGUAUCUGCACUUAACCACAGAUGCCAGUGUUUACUUUACCUGGAUUAACCUGUUCAUCUGUAGUUGGUUACCCGAGUUACCAGUAGUUACAUGUGUUGACCUGUAGUUUCCAUGCAGCUUCAUUAAAAUGUUUAACUCAG